GCCUGAUAGUCGAGCCAUUGGUGCCGUGCAGAGGUAUCUGAUUUGAAGUGCAAAUGUUGAUUAUGCUGCAUCACCAGGUUGAAGAGUUGCACAUCGGAAGUGCAAAACAUGCCUACUAGCUUGGUCGCCCCGGAGGUUGCCGAUCCGCUUACCCCAUACGGAGUAGCCAAGCUUCCAUCCCCUUCCGGCCGAGAAUGCUGGAGCCGAGUUGAACUGGAACAGGUCCAUAUUUUCGCCUCUAUCUCGGUAAAUAGUUUGUCAGAUCCCAGAGCCUGACUACGGUCAUAAUCCUCACUAUAUUCUCAUUGUAUAUACUACCCACGGAUACUGGCCUGCUCUACAUACCCUACAUUACCUCUGAUUAUAUGGCUACUAGUACCUUUUCUCGUCUCGUUCGCUUUCUAGCCAAGGACGGCCACACUUAUUACGGAGACGCCAUUUUGUCGACGGGCGUUUCCGACAUUGCUCAGGCUACCAAGGCACGGGUCAUCCAGGGUGACAUAUUCGGACAAUAUCAUGUCACAGACAAAGUGGCCGAGAUCAAAUUACUGUUGGCACCACUCGCGAGGAAAGACAUCGGGGCCGUGCGUUGUUUGGGACUGAACUACGAACAACACGCUAAAGAAUCAAAUCUACCUUUACCGAAGUUUCCUGUUCUUUUCUACAAACCCGUCACAUCUAUCACGGGUCCGAUUGACGACAUUCCGGUUUCUCGCAUGGCUCAACGAGGCGAAGGUCUGGACUACGAAUGCGAAUUGGUUGCUGUGAUUGGCAAAGAAGCCAAAGAUGUGUCCGAGAGUGAAGCCCUGGAUUACGUCCUUGGUUAUGCCGUAGGAAAUGAUGUCUCUCACCGUGAAUGGCAACUAAAACUCGGCGGAGGUCAAUGGGGGCUGGGUAAAGGCUUCGACGGAUGGGCACCAUUCGGGCCAGGUAUUGUGUCUUCGAAGAUGAUUCAUGAUCCGAACAGCUUGCACAUCUCGACAAAACUGAACGGCCAGACGGUUCAGUCUUCGUCAACUAAGGAUAUGAUUUUCAAUGUAGCCAAAACAGUGUCAUUCUUGUCUCAAGGCACCACCUUGUUGCCCGGCGACGUGAUCUUCACGGGGACGCCUCAAGGUGUUGGCAUGGGUCGAAAACCUGCACUCUGGCUGAAAGAUGGCGAUUUGAUUGAGGUCUCCCUCGAGGGUGUCGGUUCAUGUGUGAAUCGCGUUGUGUUCGACAAGCCCUCUUCCAAGCUUUGAAUGAGUAGCUACUAGACAGUAUAUAUUACAGAGUCUACUGGGUGUGGGAAUGAAUCCCUAGGAAUCCACCGCACAUUGUGGCAUUUCAACCAACUAUCCUGAGGAGUUUGUUCAUCUUGGUCUUGAUAUACAAAGACUUACAAAUAAGUAGCGGUGUCGGCAAACAUGAUUUCUUGGAUUUGUUCUAUUAGUUAAGUAGCACAGUCAUGGUUCCAAUGCCAAAUCCUAGUUAAC